CGUGUCGCAAACAUUCAUACGUAAACAAAUAUAGAUGUUCGAUUUCUGUUGGAGUAUUUAUUAACAAAUUUACACUUGUUUUUGCUAUUAUAACAAUAUAAAUACGCUUUUGUACAAACGGACAUGGCGAUGUCAAUUGUCGCGUUCGAGAAUGAGAAGAAUCUUCCGCUCAAUGAGUUACUUCUGAAUGUGAAUGAGAAUGGCAUCAAAAGAAACAUUCCUGCCUUGCACGAGAAGUGGAGCGAAUCACGCUGCUUUAGCAAAUACACACCCUUCCCCAUCAAGGGCGGUCUGGUGGAAGAGGGCGCCCAGCUGGACCAGUGGGCCAGCGAAACAGAGUGGUUCGUGAAGGAUAUGGAGUGGCUGCUAGGGUUGGAACACUUCCGAUUCUGGUCAACCCUAGUCCACAACGCGGGUGCCAUCGAGAGCGUUAUCUCGUUUACACAAUCAGCCAUUCCAUAUUACCUCUCGGGGGUGGUGCGCAGCUCUCCGAACGUGUUUCCACUCUACUCGGCAGCUCUUCGCAGGGUUCUCCAGGUCAUCUGUCGUAUGAUUACGCAACAUGAGUCGGACCAGUGCUGGAUUGGGAAGGAGUAUAUGGGCGAACUUCUGUACAAACACUAUCUUAUUUCGAUUCCCUUGCUGUUCGAUCUGCUGCCAGUCUACGGAAGGGAGAAUAAACACGUGCUGACGCUGAUGCUGCAGACAGUGUUCAAACUUCAGCCGAAAUAUCGACAGGAUCUCCGGGUGGCGCUGCAGUACCUGCAGAGCACAUUCAAAACGAUCCAGCUUCAGAUCGAAACGGAUCGCAUCGAUGGGAACGUGGCCACUGUGGGUACUCUGAACGACCUCGCCGUGUACACCCUGGACUGCUGCUCCACCCUCUCACUUCUGGUCGAACUCUAUCCCGAGGUGCGCCCACUCUGCUCCGAACUUGGGUUCGAACCGUCAAUUACCAAUUUCUACGACAACACAAUCGUACUGCUGUAUAGAAACAUCUUCGCCAAGGACAACGAAUCACCCUAUCUGGGCUACCUAAACUCCGCCCGCAUGGAGUUGCUGCUAGCCUUCCGCAGCAUCGUCAACCUUCAGCUGGAAACGAUUCUGGACAAUCCGAAUGACAGCCUUCUGCCUGCUGAUAAGUUUCUCUGCAUACUCACCGAAUGCCUGUCCGAUCCGACAUUCGUGAAGGACUACCAACGGCAUUACCCGGUGGAGCGUGAUUUGGACAUCCUCAAACAAGCCUGUCCCGGAUUGGAUUUUUUCAAGCUGGAUUUUGUUCAGAAUGCCUAUUGCGGCGGGGAAGAGAGCGCACUCACCAAUGGCCACUGUGAAGAGACCAUCAUCCCAGAAGAGAAUGAAGGUUUCGGAGAGGCCACUGGGGGAGCCGUGGAAGAACAGUCACCUGGUCCCAGCACUGUCUCCGCCCAACCUCUGUCCGAGGAGCAAAAAAUAGAGGAGCAGGUUCAGAAGGUACUGGAUGUUCUGCCACAUCUGGGCGGUGGUUACGUGCGGAAGAUUUUAAGUCGCUACGAUGGGGUUGAGCAAGCGAUUGCUGCGGUUCUGGAAGGGAAUCUUCCGCCGGAUCUGGCAGAGGCCGAUCCCACCGAACCUUUCAUUCCAGCAGAUAAACUGGAUAGUUUCUUCCUGGAGACAGGAAUUCAACGCCUAAAUGUUUACGACGGGGACGAAUUCGACGUGAUGGUUCACGACACGGUCAAGGGAGUGAUCAAGAAGGGGAAGGGAAUGCCGGGGGGAGCGAAGAAUUUGCAGCAAAUGCUGGACGACAAGAGUCACGUGAAGGAGAUGAAAAAUCGCUACCAGGAGUACACGAACGUUUGCGACGAUUACGAUGACGAGUAUGACGACAGUUACGAUGCGAUGGCGGAUAGCGAGUCGAAAAAGAUUCGCCUGACGGCGGAAAUGAGGAACGCGCUGGUCGAUGAACUGGAUGACGACGAGGAGGAACCAGAAGACGAAGCACCGGUGGGAGCACCGGAGAAGAAACCGCUAGAUUUCUGCGAAAAUCCGGAGGUUGUUCGACAGCGGUAUGAAGAGCGGAGAAGAAGUAAGUUCCCUCCCAGGCAAAGUGGAAAACCCUCGGAAAAGGAUGUAGUCGGGAAACCAAAGGGCCAAGGGCAGGACACAUCUGUUUUGCAGAAUCGGAAGCACAAGGGCGAAAACAAGGCAAGCCGCGCGAAUCACAAUCGGAAGCAGGGUGCCACCUUCAAGAGAAAUAAAGGCAUGAUUCCGUCGUAAAAUGAGUAACUUGGCGUAUGACCUUGUGUUAU